CAACCACAACCAUCGGGCAGGCACCACCCAUCGCAACUGCCUUCACCAUGCCCGACCUUUACCCCUCCCUCGCCAGCUGCGCCGUCGUCGCCACCGCCCUCAAACUGCUGCUCCUGCCCGCCUACAAAUCCACCGACUUUGAGGUCCACCGCAAUUGGCUCGCCCUCACCCACUCGCUACCCGUCGACCGCUGGUACUACGAGAACACCUCGGAAUGGACCCUCGACUAUCCGCCCUUCUUCGCCUACUUCGAAUGGGCCAUGUCCCGGCUCGCCCACCUCGCUGACCCGGCCAUGCUCAACGUCAAAGCCCUCGGCUACGACAGCUGGCAGACGGUCUAUUUCCAGCGCGCCACCGUCAUCCUGUCCGAGCUGCUUCUGCUCUACGCCCUGCACCUCUACGUCCAGACGGCCUCCAGCCGCAAGCUUGCCCAUGCCGCUGCCAUUUCUGUCUUGCUCUCCCCUGGUCUGCUCAUCAUCGACCACAUCCACUUCCAGUACAAUGGCUGCAUGUACGGCUUGCUCAUCCUCUCCCUCGUCCUUGCCCGCAAGCAGUCGACGCUGCUGUACAGCGGCUUUCUCUUCGCCGCCCUGCUGUGCAUGAAGCACAUUUACCUCUACCUAGCCCCCGCCUACUUUGUGUACCUCUUGCGCGUGUACUGCCUGAGCCCCCAGUCCAUCUUCCGCAUUCAAUUCUUCAAUUGCAUCAAGCUGGGUCUUGGCAUCAUUGCCAUUUUCGGAACCGCAUUUGGGCCCUUUGCGUACUGGGGCCAGAUCCCGCAACUCUUGAUCCGCCUGUUCCCCUUCUCGCGCGGUCUGACGCACGCGUACUGGGCGCCCAACGUGUGGGCCAUGUACUCUUUUAGCGACCGCGUCUUGCUCUACCUGGCGCCCUAUCUCAAGCUACCCGUCGACCAAGCCGCAGCCACUAGCCUGACCAGGGGCUUCGUCGGCGACGCUUCGUUCGCCGUCUUGCCCAACAUCCCCAAGGAAGCUACGUUCGCUCUGACGCUCCUCUUCCAGCUGGUCCCCCUCGUCAAGCUAUUUUUACAGCCUAGCUGGUACUCGUUCAUCGGCGGCGUGACGCUGUGCGGCUACGCCUCGUUCCUGUUCGGCUGGCACGUGCACGAGAAGGCCAUCUUGACCGUCAUCAUCCCAUUCAGUCUGAUUGCGCUCAAGGACCGUCGUUACCUGGGUGCUUUCCGGCCGCUGGCCGUUGCCGGCCACGUCAGCUUGUUCCCGCUGCUAUUCACCGCCAUGGAGUUUCCGGUCAAGACGGUCUAUACCAUCUUCUGGCUUGUGUCGCUGCUGCUGGCCUUUGACCGGCUGACGCCCGCCUCCCCCCACCCCCGCGUCUUUCUGCUCGACCGCUUCUCCCUCUUCUAUAUCGCCAUUGCUAUUCCGCUCAUCGCGUACUGCUCGCUCGGGCACUCGCUUAUCUUUGGCACGCGCUUGGAGUUCUUGCCGCUCAUGUUCACGAGCGCUUACUCAGCGCUUGGCGUCGUAGGCAGCUGGGUCGGCUUCUUGAUAGUAUAUCUCGCGGCCUAGACGGGUGCUGUUCUUCUUCAAGGUGAGUGUGUAGGGGUAGAUGUGGCUGAGGAUGAGUGGAAUGCUGUAUGAUGAUAAAAAAAAGUCUUGCUUCUCUAUUCGCUACAAAUACCAAACGACGUGCCU